AAUAUAAUUAUGGUCAUGUCUCUAUUGUAUGCAAAUAUGUAUCAUUUUUACAUAGGAAACGAUGACGAUGAUGAAAGAAGAGGUGCAGCAAAAUCAAAAUCAUUUCAACUGCUUAAUGAAUUGAGUGAUCUCCUGAUGCUACCAAAGGACAUGCUUCUUGAAAAAUCUAUCAGGAAAGAGGUCUGCCCCUCAAUUGGCCUUCAGUUAGUGACAAGAAUCCUGUGCAACUUCACACCUGAUGAGUUCUGUCCUGAUCCUGUUCCAAGCACAGUCUUAGAGGAGCUGAAUUCAGAGAGCUUGCUGGAGCGAUGCACCAACAAAGAUGUGCUCAGCACAUUUCCAUGCAUUGCUGCUCCUGUUGUGUACCGGGCACCUUCGACAUCAGAUGCGGCAGAGAGAGUGGCAGACAUAGGAGGCGGCACAAAGCUUGAUAGGAAAGCCUCAAUGGUGCAGAGGAGAGGGUACACCAGCGACGACGACCUGGAUGACCUGGACUCCCCCCUUGCAUCCCUAAUUGACAGGAGUGCUCCACCUUCACCAUCAAAUGGUAUUGCGCAUUUCAGUGCUCAGAGAGGAGCUUCCAUGGAGGACGUAAGAUACACGCUCCUAAGAGAAGUAUGGUCGGAGCGGCGGUGAUCAACGCAUCUGUAAAACCUAAAAUCUCUUCGACAGCUGCCGUAU